AUGCCCUCCGGCCAAUGUUUAUGUGGCGCCGUCAAGAUUGAGGUGUCAGGCGACCCUGUGGCCGUCGGUCUUUGCCACUGCCUUGACUGUCGGAAAACGUCCGGUAGUUCUCACGCCGUGAACUGGUUCGUCCCUGCGGACCUAAUCGCGGUUGAGGGCUCGCCGAAGACGUUUACUAAAAAGAGCAACGCCGGCAACCUCAUUACGAACAGCUUCUGCCCCGACUGUGGAACGACGCUGUUUCGCGAAGGCCCUGCUGCUCCGGGGAUAAAGUUUGUCAAGGCCGGUGUCUUCAAUGAUCCCGAGGUCUUGAGUACAGUCAAACCUCAAGGGGAAAUUUUCGUGUCCCGACGCCCGUCGUGGAUGGCCCCUGUUGAGGGCGCUUCGCAGAAGCAGGAGAUGACUGAGUGA